ACUAUUGCCAACGAGUGAAGAGAAUCGGUUUAUUGCUAUACGUACAGAAUGGCACGUCUACGGAAGGUUAUUGAAUGCUCGAGCGAUAGCGACGAUUCGCUCCCAGACUUGCACACCUUGUUAGCAGUCACGCGGAUAAAACCCCAGGCUAAGAACUCGCCGAGUCAGACGAGCUCAACUUCAAACACACAUCAGCAACAGAAAUCGCCUCAGAAGCUUUGCAUUUCCUCUACUUCGUCACUUUCCGAAGAUUUUUCAGCAUUAAAAGUCAAGGUACCGUCAAAACUGGAGCAACGGAAGGUCAGUCCUAAGGAUGGACAAGUUUCAACUGUUCAUAGUCCGAGGAAACAGCGUGCGUUGAAGCCAUUGAAUCAUGAUCAUACACUGCUCAAUCGAUUGUCUCCCGUCGAGCUGGCCUCGAAGAAGGAAAAGGAGGUAUCAACAUCCAGAGGAAGCCAGGUUAGGAAAAUCAGAAAGGAAGCCAUUUUACAGAGCUCAGCAAAGAAACCAGAAAGCAGAGCUUGUAAAAGCGAUCCCAAAGAAAUCUCUGUUGUCGAAGAACCUGUGAAGGAUGUAGGUUCAGACUCGGACUCGGAUGCUCCAGUCAGAAGACGAGCAAGGAAUAGUCCUGUCAAAGUCGGAACAAGAGAGCCGCCCAAGGAGCAUGACGAUACCCCGGACGAUUUUGAGUUUGAGCAAACUGAAGUAGAGGUGGAGGAAACUAUUAUGUGUGGGUCUGAUAUGGAUGAAGACAGUUUCAUUGUACACACAGACUCUUCAGAGGAUGAAUGUGAGGACCGAAAAGUCGUGGAACGACCGCUUUUCAGGCCGGCAAAGUCGAACAAAAAGUCCUUGAAAGAUAUUUCAAUCAAGGAUGAGCUGCCAGCCAGGUCAUUAUAUCAACCGCCUGCUUCGAUAAGAUCCACUGUUCGACCAGGAAGCUCGUCAGACAAUAAUGCGGGUGCCAUUCUUACAUUUUCUCCACCCAGGACUCGAUCUCCACGUAAAGCACCACCACAAGAACCACCUACGACUCCACCCUCUCACUCUCCUGUCCGGAGGCUUGUAUCGCCCAAGAAACAGCGACCACGGAUACCGACACCUCCUCACGGUAGUCCCAGCGUGGAAGGUUUCUGGGACCCUCAAUUAGUCAAUGAAUGGCAUGACAAGUACUCUCCGCAGAAGCCUCUAGUGUCUCCUCACAAGAGCCUCAAGCAUCGAUUUGGCACGAACGCAACUUCCUCGUCUCCGGAUCUCAUUGAACCACCGUCUCCAACUUCAUCCCCACGCAAAAGAAGCCCCCAGAAGAAAACCCUAGCUGACUCUCGCAAAGAAUUCGAGUCCCGCAAAACCGAAUUAGCAAAAUCAUUCGUAGAAGAACUCGACCACAAGAUCACCCAAGACCGACUACGAGAGCUUACCGCCUCUGCUGGUGGCAUCAAGAUAAUAUGGUCCACCAAACUAGCCACCACCGCCGGCCGCGCAAACUGGCGCCGCGAAGUCUUCCGCAUCCGCGGGCCCUCAACCACUUCCACAAACGGAACAACUACUUGCUCAACCCUAACCACCAAAACCCUACACCACGCCUCUAUCGAGCUCUCCACCAAAGUCAUCGACUGCAACACACGCCUGUACAACGUCCUCGCCCACGAAUUCUGCCACCUUGCAAACUUCAUGAUCUCCCAGGUCACCGCCCGGCCGCAUGGCGCAGAAUUCAAGGCCUGGGCCUCCAAAGUCUCGUCAGCAUUCUCACACCUCGAUGUCGUCGUCACAACAAAACACACAUACGAGAUCGCGUACAAGUACAUCUGGGCCUGCGUCGGCUGCGCAACAGAGUACAAGCGGCACAGCAAGAGCGUGGAUCCGGAGCGACAUGCCUGCAGCGUGUGUAAGGGCCGUCUAGUGCAGAUCCAGCCCGUGCCGAGAGCAGGGAAGGGCCCCGGUGGUGAGCGCGGCAUCAGCGAGUAUCAGCGGUUCGUCAAGGAUCACUUUAAGACGGUGCAGGGUGAGUGUAAGGGGCUGAGCCAUGGGGUGGUUAUGGAGAGGCUAGGGAGGAUGUAUAGGGAGCAGAAGAAGAAGGAGGGGGAAGAGGAUGGUCGGCGAGGGGUGGGGAGGGAGAAGGAUGAUGAACUGGAGAAGGUCUUGGGUGGGUUGUCGUUGGGAUGAGAUGCGGGUUUUUGGGUUGCAUUUGGGUGGUGUACCUCUUUUUCUGGCUCGCUUUGGCGUGGGUAGAAUUGCAUUGCGAGGAGUUGUGUGAGGAAAUGAUGCAGGGCUGAGAUAAUUUCACGGAUCGUAUCUUCACCUGAUGUGCCAUGGAUAGAUAUCUAAGCUGUGGAUUAAAGCAUUGCCGGGCUUUCCCUCGUGGCUCCGUUCCUCAAUCCCAGGAGAAUAAUACAUUCAGGCAUCUCAAUUGUGCAGUUAAAGUCACGAAACGAAUAGCUCUGUGAGCAGUA